ACAGUCAGUGCCCCGGGGACACAGAUACCAACAGGUAGGCAGGUCGUGACGUAGGCUGCCACCAACCAGCCCUCCGCCUCCCCCCAUCCCCACCCCCACCAUCCCGCCUGCCUCCCAGCUGCGUCCGCCGCUGUCCUGUCUGGUCACCCGGUGUCUGCUCCGCCGCUCCGCGCUCUGCGGCGCUCCCUCCCCGAACCCGACGACUCUGCCUCCUUGUUCACCGCCCCGGUUCCCGGUCCUCCCCCCUCCCCUCCACCCGGUGAAUGCACCAGCGCCGAAACCAUGACGGGCAUCGCCGCCGCUUCUUUCUUCUCCAAUUCCUGCAGGUUCGGGGGCUGCGGUCUCCAGUUCGAGUCUCUCGCCGAGCUCAUCGUCCACAUCGAGGACAAUCACAUCGACACAGAUCCGCGGGUCCUGGAGAAGCAGGAGCAACAGCAGCCCACCUAUCUGGCCUUGAGCUACAUCAACAGGUUUAUGACCGAUGCGGCACGCCGGGAGCAGGAGACCAUGAAGAAGAAGGCCACGCCCAAACUGUCGCUGUCCAUCACCGGUGGAGUGUCCAGGAACAGCACAGCCACGCCCCCUCGCCACACCAGUGGUAACCUGACGCCCCCCGUCACACCCCCCAUCACCCCCUCCUCCUCUUUCCGCAGCAGCACACCCACAGGCAGUGAGUAUGAUGAAGAGGAGGUAGACUACGAGGAGUCGGACAGCGAUGAGUCCUGGACCACAGAAAGCGCCAUCAGCUCCGAGUCCAUUCUCAGCUCCAUGUGUAUGAACGGGGGCGAGGAGAAGCCGUUCGCGUGCCCCGUCCCUGGUUGUAAGAAGAGGUACAAGAAUGUCAACGGUAUCAAGUAUCAUGCCAAGAACGGCCACCGCACGCAGAUCCGCGUGAGGAAACCCUUCAAGUGUCGCUGUGGCAAGAGCUACAAGACCUCACAGGGCCUGAGACACCACACCAUCAACUUCCACCCACCUGUCUCCACCGAGAUCCUGCGCAAGAUCCAAGGCUAGAGCCUGAGGUCUGACCAAUCAACUACCCCGAUCACACAGCCCUGUCCUGACUGUCCUUACCUGACCUUUUAUACCCACCACACACACUAAAGGAUCAAGUGCAUGCUUUAAGUUGUUUUACCUUUGUUUGUUUUCUUAUGUUUUUUUUGUUAUAUUAUUUUUCUAUCCAUGUUAUAUCACUUGUAUUUUUGGUAAAAGAAAUGUAUCUUUGUAGUAUUUUUAAUGUUGUACAUUUGCACAUUCGUAUAUAUGCUAUCACGUUAUCUUUUUUCCUAUUGUUUGACUCACAUAAGGUGCUAACUGUAAAAAACAAGAAAGAAAAGACAAAAAACAAACCACGAAAGAGACAGAGGGAAACUUCAAAGAUGAUGUGAAAAGGAAGUGCAACCAAGCUCCGCCCCUUUUUCUGCUCUUACAAGGGUGGGAUGAAGUUGACACUAGAACUGAUCUGAGGUCAGUAGUCAGACACUCACUCUCAUUCAGUUUGCUGAUCUUAGAUCUGCCUUUGCAGUCCCUUCUGGGGGGCCAAGGUGCAAAAGUUAAGUUAUACUUUAAAUAGAUAUAUGGAAAUAUAAACAAUAGAUAUGUAUGUGUACAUAAAAAUAUAUAAAAGUAUUCAUGAGCAUAUACAUAAAUAGUUACACUUUAUUUUCAAGCUUUAUUUUAUAUAUUUUGUCAGUGUUUUAGAUUAGAUGUUCUUUUCAUGUGGAUCAGUAAGUGUUCCUUUCAUUCCAUAUUUGCUGAGACGGCCACCUCAGAGGUUCGAGUCUUACUGUUGGCCGCGUUUGGGAGACUAGGAGCCAAAACGCCUUUUGGUUUGAUGCACUCUGAACCAUGUGAGAUGUUUUAACUGUUCAUCAUGAAGGGACGCUUAUAGUCAAAAGUAUUAGAUGGAGGCCCAGGCCAGUAAUCCAUAUCCGAAACAUUUCAACUGGCAAAGAAAGCCGACCUUGUAUUCCAUAUCUCCAGUGUUUCCUCAUUCAGUGCCAGAGCUGUGUUCAAGAGACUUCAGCAUCAUACUGUUUUCCAGUUGCCAAGUUUUUUGUUGGUGUUUUUCCAUGAUUGUUGCCAACAGCUCUCCACUGCCAAACAUUGACCAUACCAUGUGCCUGACGAGGGGUGGGGGGUGGGGUGGGUAGGGAGUUGUAGUGGUUAGGGAGUUGCGGUGGUUUUCACCCUGGAGGUUGCCAAAAGCGUGGCAGCGACUUUUCUUCUUCAUGCGCCUCCAAAAUGUUUGAAUGAGUGGAUGUACAUUGAUAGAAUGUUUUUCAUGCAUGCUUUCUGUGUCGUAUAGAGAGAAACAAUGUGUGAUUCAAAAGAGGGUGGGUUUAUAUUUAAAAGAGAUUACAUCUACAACCUGUCAUUUUCUGCGUUGUAGAAGAGCAUUCCAGUUUGUUGUACGUGUGUAUGUGUGUGUGUGAUGUAAGUGAGAGCUAUGUGUGUGUGUUUUUUCAGCAGUUUCCAACUCAUCAGCCUAUAGAGUGUAUUCUGUGUCAUAUGUUCUGCUGCCAGGCCGCUGGUUGGACUCCUGUAGAGCAGGAUUGCAGGCUGGCAGGCGGGCAGUGUUGCGUCAUGUAGUGAAUCAGUGGCCAACUUGUUGCCCCUGACUGGGAUUCUUCAUCAUUCAUUGCCUCUUGAAAAACAAAAGCGGUGUCAUGCAGCGCCGCGCUGUGUGCCAAGUCACAAUGAUCCAUGACAUCAUUUCCCUCAUGAACGUUUGUAUUCAGCAGAGGGCUCAUGAGCCCGAGCUGCUUUUUUUUAUUUGAAGGGUACAGUGACCUCUGACCUGCACACAUCCUCCUGUCCUCUAAACUUCUGGGUUAGCUUUGUUGUUACAUCAACUAAUUGGGCUGAGUUUCUUUGAUUUUCAAAGCAGCAUUGUGACUUCUUUUUGUUAGAACUUAGCAUUGUGAAUUCAGACAUGCAUCUUCUUUGUGGGUCAAUAUAGGAAUCAAGCUCAAAAAAAGUGUACAUAGCCACUCAGAUGUUUUACUUUUUAAGUUAAUGACACAGGAAUAUAAUUUAUGCAUUUUAUUGUAUGUUAGUAGUUGAAGUAGAUAAGUUUCAUGCGGAUAGAAAAUACCACCCCUGCACAAGUCAUGGCCCCAGUUGGGCCACCAUAGUCAACAGACACUGGACACGCCCCUUUUUUAGUUACUAAAUAGUUUAUUAAACCCCUAAAGUGGUCAUAUGGACAUUUUUCAGGUGUGUCUUUGUUUUGUUUCUACCAAUCACCUUUAUUGUAGCAACAUUGCCCUGAAGCAGAGAGCUAUUUAAGAAAAAAGCACAACUAUGACCCAAAAGAGCGCUGUGUGUAUUCAGAAGAACCACUGAGUGAGCCAGUAUCUCUAAAAUCUCAGUAUCAGUUUCAAAGUUUGUUCGUGGAGUUAAAACCCUGAAAGUAAACCUGAGAUAAUGGUUUGCAUGUGAUAGAUGAGCGCAAAUUUCCAUGGCUGGGAUCAGAGCAGAGACAGGACGAGACAGACCCAGACUGAGCGUCUCCCGUUGGCCUGUCAAACACUCGUAAAACCAUCCCCGCUUCACUGACACCACAGUCACCAUGGCGAUAGUUCCGGCUUUGCACUGGGGCUGAUUGCAGUAUUAGUAAUAAAGAGGUGAAGGAGCGGAGGCUGUGUGCAGAAGGAGGAUCCAAGGGAGGGGUUUCAAUAUACCAGUACAGUGUACAGUGAAUGUAUUGUAACAAGUGUCUGUUGUCCAGUGCUUUUAAAUUAUAUUUUCGUAUGUAACGUGGAGACCAUUGUUUCCUUUUUGUAUGGGGGACGACAGGUUCUGAGCAGAGUAACUUGUAAAUGAUGUCAAACUGUCUUUCUAUAUAAAAGAGAAGCUGCUUCAAUGUAAACAGGAAAUGACUGAAAAAAAAAACAGUAAAAUAAAGUAAAAAGCUCUGCAGGGUG